UUGAAAUCUGCUCUCACAAUGAGCGUCGAAGCCGCCAACAUGGACUCGGUGCGCGACCAGGCUCGAGGCUGCUUCCAUGCACUAGAGAUGAUGGGCGAUUGGAAACUGCAAGUUCAGGAGCUGUUGGAUCUUCAAGAAGUGCUGGACGAACUGCACCGCAACGAUCAACUGAACGACGACAACAUCGAUCUUGUGUUGGAGUAUGUUCUGCCGCUCGCCCCAUUCAUCGACGGUUUGCUUCCUUCCAUCCGGUCUGAAGUGGUCAAGACGACAUGCCGUGUCAUCGGCCGGUUUGCGACGCUAUGUGGUCCCAAAUUUGAACCUUUCUCGAACCAAGUUCUCCUCUCGUUACUUCACACGGCUCGAAUCAAGACCAAGGUGUUCAGUCGCGCCGGGGAAGACUGCUUGGCCGUGCUGUCGACCCGUUCCCGCUACAGCGUCGUCGAACUCUGCCACCUUUUCGACACCCUCCGUGCAGAAGAAUCGCGCUGCCUUCUUGUCAAGCAGGUCCCUCUGAUCCUAACGUCGUGGCCAAAACCCGAACUCGACCCCCAUUUUGGUCGAUUGAAAACGUUGCUGCACAAUGCCUUGCAUGACAAGAACCAUCUUGUACGCGCCGCCGCGCGGGACGCGUUUUGCGUCUUUGCUGAUACCUGGGACGAGCAUAUGGAGACCCUAGUGGACAUUCCGUCGCCGCGGCACCGCAGUAGUUUUAUCCAUGAGCAUGCCACCGCCCGCCUCACAUCCCAUCUCGUCCACAAGUUUGGGUCCCCAGUGCCCGCUGUCCGCACCCCCUUGCGCACACCCACAGCCACUCGCAUGACUCCAACGUCCAUCGAGACGCCGCCGGGGCGCCGCCUCCAUUUGGACGCGUCCACUGCCGAAUCGACCUCGUCGUUCUCGUCCAUGUCGUCAUCUUCGGACGACGACAUGGACGACGACGGUAGACAUCACGACCUGCUGCACCGUUCGAACCAACCAAUAAACGAUGCCGAUGGAUCCACCUCGCCUCCGCCGCCAUCGUCGUCGUUGGUUGCGCCGUUGCUGACACACGAUCAAGACGAAAUCCCUCUAUCGAAUUCAACAUAUUCGGUGCUUCGAUCCGUGGUGGGGACGGUCGUGACGUGGCUGACGUUUGCGAGUGUUUUGUUUGCGCUGUACACUGUGACGGGCGCGGUUCUGAGUGCGCUGGCGCUGCAGCAACGGGGCGGUCUGCUCGUGGAGCUGGAACAGCUCGACAUGACCGUGGCGCGCACGUUCCACGACCUCCAGGCCAAGGAAGGCGCGAUGGAGGCGGCGAUGGCGGACCUGAUGGCGUCGGUGGCCGCCCAGCGCCUCGACGCCCAGCGGGCGAUGGCAACGCUGCGCGAGUCGAGUGCCGCAUGGAACAAGUCCAUGCGCGACGACAUGGACGCGUUCAAAGCCGAAUUUCUCUCGAUGCUCGUGGUUGACAUGUCGUGAUGUACCAAGUCGAAACGCUAUUAACUUAAAAACCACUGUUAUGGUUUUCGGAGAAUUUGUUUGUCUAGGGUUGGCAUGUGU